GAUGCUCUACGAUUACGUGGAGAGGAAGCGCAGGGAGAACUCGGGAGCUCAGCUGCACGUCACCUACCUGCUGGCAGGGAACCUCCUCCAGAAUGGACACGUUUGCCACAAGGUCGCAGUAGUGAGGGAGGAUAAACUGGAAGCCAUGAAGUCCAAGCUGUCCACAAUUGCCAGCGUGCACGUGUACAGCAUCCAGAAGGCCCUGCUCAAGGACAGCUCCCCCCUCUACAACACCGACUACGACAUCGUCAAAGCAAACCUGCAGCACUGCAGCAAGUUCAGUGCCAUCCACUGCGCCGCCGCCGUGCCCAGGACGCCGCCCGAGCCCCCCCGAGCGCCGGCGCCCGCGCAGAGCCCCCCGAGGCAGAGGGACUCCGAUGCCACCAGCACUGUCAAUGGCCACGGGCCCCGGGCUGCCAAGCCCCCUGCACAGCAGCAGAAAGGCAUCAUGGGCAUGUUUGCAGCCAAAGCAGCAGCCAAAGGCCAGGACACAGCUAAGGAGGCCAAGGCGGAGGCCAAGGAGGCCCCAGGUGUGUCUGCAGCAAGCAACAAGCCACUAACAAAGAACAGCAUCAUGAACAACUUCUUUGGAAAAGCUGCAAUGAAUAAACUCAAAGCCAACUCUGUGCCUGAGCAGCCAAAGGAGGAGAAAGAAGCAGUGAAGCCUUCAGUUGCUGUAGCAGAACCAGAGUCAUCUAAUACUGUAGCAGAGAAACCUGGGAAGAAAACAGAGUCUGUCAGAAUUCAGCAAAAGGACAAGAAAAGUAAAACGAAGAGAGCAGAUAGGUCAGAUGAUGAGGAGGAAAGGGAUCCCGAAAAUGUCAAGAAAAAGAGGAAGCGAAUCAAACAACUUCUGUCUGACAGCAGUGAUGAGGAAGAUGUCCCACCCUCUCCCACACCCGAGGAAGAGAGAGCUCCAUCUCCACCCCCUGAACCUGCUCUGAAAACUGAGCUGGAGCCUGCAUCCUCAGAGGUGUCAGCUGGAGGGAGGAAGAGGAAGAGGAAGCGCGUGCUGAAAUCCAAGAUGUUUAUUGAUGAAGAGGAAGGCUGCAUGGUGACUGAGAAGGUUUACGAGAGCGAAUCCUGCACGGACAGCGAGGAUGAAUUCCCCAAGCCCAAGGCACCAGCUCCACAAAAACAACCCAUGCUGCCCACCAAGAGGGAACCAAAGGAGGAAAAGAAGAACCCAAAGAAAGGGGCAGCUCCUGCCAGCAGAGCCAACAAGCAGGUCUCCAUCAUGGGAUUUUGCCAGAAGAAAUGAACUGGGUCUGUCUCCUCUUGGCAGCUUGGGAGCGUUGCUCCCUUUUUCGUGUGGCUCUCCGCAAGCUGCUGCUGCUUGUGGGGCCAACAUGCAACCCCUGGUUAUGCAAGGUGCCCUGCUUACUGUGUAAGGAAGCCCUCUGGACUAGAUUUUGUAUCAGAGAAAAGUCUUUAUUUGUUACUGCAAUCAUUUCAGUCAUCUUCACCAAGCAGUGUGGGAACUGCCAGCUAGAGGCAACAUCCAGAGGAACUCUUGAAAGGCUGUUGAACCUGUUCACAUGAAAUUUGUAUUUUUUUAAUCACCCCUUUGGUGCUAAGUUAGGAGGGGAGUUGUGGUGUUUUCCUCUUCUCUUUGUACACCCCCAGCUCUUCAGAUUGGUCCAGAUGUUCACGUUGGGUGGCAGCAGCAAUGUAGCAGGUCAGACACAAAAAUUGAACAUCUGCUUUGGCUUUAACUGAAUGAAGUGUUCUUCAUUUUCCCCCUAAGACUGGUAAAUAGUUUUUGCUCUGCCUUUCAUAAUCUUUUUUUGGACAAAGCAGUGCAUAUAAAAUUCUCUUACUCUCUUC